CAGAAGAGGAAGAGAGCGGGGAGAGAGAGGAGGGGAAAAGGAAGGACAAAACGACCGGGGAGAAGAAAAGAGGAGGAAUAGAGGACUGUUUGUUUUCACUUUAUGUUGAUUUGAAUAACGUUAAGGAGAAGAGCAAGUCGAUUUACAAAGUCCACGCACAGGAUUUGCACCAGUUUUGCAUGAAGAAAAGGAGCAGAGAGAGAGAGAGAGAGAGAGAGAGAGAGAGAGUGUGUGAGUGUGUGUGUUCUUCUCAGCUCCCAAAAGGACACGUGUUGAACUUCACUCUACUUCAUCUAGAGUUAACGAGCUUCAGUUAUUCAUAAUCCGAUCUAGCUCCUCACUCAGGAGCGGGGUUUCAGCUGUGUGUGUGUGUGUGUGUGUGUUUACUGAGACGGACGCAGACACAUUUUCGUCUUCACGUGGCGUUUUUCAGUCCCACUGAACUGAUCAACACGGCGAGGAAAAGCCCAGAGCAGAGUUUCCUCCCGCUGCUCUUUGUAAACGCGAUCGGACUAUGGCAGCGGUAACAACCCCGGAGUCGAGCCCUCAGCCCCGGGUCUACUUCCAAACUCCCCCCGGUACCGAACAGACCGAGACCCCGGCCCGGAAACAAGGCAGAGUUACGGUCAAAUACGACCGGAAAGAGCUGAGGAAGAGACUGAACUUGGAGGAGUGGAUCAUCGACCAACUCACAGAUUUAUACGACUGCGAGGAGGAGGCGAUUCCUGAACUGGAGAUAGAUGUGGAUGAGCUAUUGGACAUGCAGACUGAUGAGGACCGUGCUGCACGUGUUAAGGAUCUGCUGGUGGACUGUUACAAACCUACUGAAGACUUUGUAGUCGAGUUGCUUGACAAAAUCCGCGGCAUGCAGAAGCUCAGCACACCUCAGAAGAAAUGAUGCACCUGCAGCCUCAGCUCCUCCUCCUAACCCUUCCCCAGCCAAUCGCAGCUUCUUCCUCUGCUUCACAAGAUGCUCAACCAAUCACGUGAGGUAGAGGGGAAGCGAAGUGACUGGGGAAUCUAGCCAAUCAGAUUCUUAUAAGCAGGGCUUAUUUUUGUUUUCUUCAUUUUGUUGACUUUAUGGUAUAUAUAUUUUUUUUUCUAAAAGGGGAAAAGAUUUCAUUGUGUUUUGAAGCAUUUGUAGAAAUCCUAGCAAUAUAUUUCUACGCAUACAUUUUUUAGAUGUUAGGUGACUGUGUGAAUUUUUUUUUGCUCUGAUGCAAUACUGUAUGAGUGUCCCCAGUGGACAAUACUUGCUAUAAACGUGCUGUUUGUAGUUCUCUGAAAAUGUUAUGACCCUUACUGCGAUAUAGUUUUUUUGAAAGAGAUGAGAUAUACUCUGCCUUGUCCAUUUAAAAAAAAUCCUUAAUUUUAUCUUGUUUUAUUUUUAAAAAAAAAUUCCAUACAGCAUGAAAGGGCUUUGGAAGGGAAUGAUGAUGUAGAUCUGUAUGUUGAUGUGGGUGAGGGUGAGGUAGAUGGUGGUGGAAAACUGGAGCUUUUUUUUUGAGACAUGCAAACCCACAUACAUAGCAACACACGUUUAUAAACACGCACACAGACAGACGGGCGUCACCCCCCUCAGGGAUCAGUGGGAACAUGUACCACACACCACAGCUGUGGUUAUUAGGCCCCACACUCACACACAGAUGUGCGUGAUGGCAUGUGGAGCACAGAGGGAGUUGACAGCACUCUGGAGGGUCUCGUGGCUUGCCACAAGGUCUGCCAGUUUAUAAGAUCCCAAUUAAUGCUUUCAUUUGACUCUGCUAAAUCAUCUUACCCAGAAAGCUAUCUGCUUCCUUUCUGAUAGCUGAUCAAACACAACCAUAAUAGGGCUAAUCACAUAUUCCAUGCCUGCCAUUCAAUAUACACAAACAGCCUCUUAAAGGGUAUGACAUGUUAUCUUGUAAUGACUGUUAAUUAUUAACUCCACAUGAUUGGGAGUUAAAUACAAGAAAGAGAAUCCUUCUAACCACAGCUCCUAUUUAGUUCCUCCUACUUAGUGAGACCUCCUCUGUCCAUCCAGCUCUCAUCUUUUCCCAGGAAGAAUACCCUUUUCUAUAUCAGAAGUUGCCUUAGUACAUAUACUUAGUACACAUAGUAUGUACUAUAGACGUUGCCUAGUACAUAUACUACACAAACCAAAUAAAUGAAGGCAUUCAUUUGAGAAAUACACAUGUAAAAGAGCAAUUCAAAAUUUUUCGGGCUAUAGGGUUCAAAAUCUCCUCGUACUUUCCUUGAUUUUGUUUUCUAGAAAAAAAAAAGUUGAAUACAUUUGAAAGUCGAAUCCACGUUUUUUUAGAUGUGCAUAAAAUAAAAUGGAUUUGUCCAUUUUGUUAGUGUGUGUGUGUAUUCUAUCAGAUAAUGCUUUUGAUUUUUUUUUCCAUACAACAGUGCACAAAAUAUGCUAAAAUCACUAGCUAAAUUUAAAUAAGACAAAUGAUGUAUUUGAUAAAAUGCAGGAAGCUGACAUUAGUCUGUCGUCGAAGCUCAUAUUUGGUAGGGUCGGAGGGGUGGGGGGGAUUAUGAUAAAAUGUAGCAAUAAACUUGUUUUGUUAGUUUCUGGGUUUGUUAAACUUUAUGCAACUUUAAUAAAAAUUCUUGUAAAAUCCCA